GGACGUCAGCGCCCCUGUCAUAGCCACGUAGCAGACAUGGUGAUUUCGGAGACUAGGGAUAUACUCUUCAGAAUAAGAGGAGGCCUUGAUCUAGCUUUUCAGCUAGCUACUGCUAAUGAAAUAUUUAUCAAGAAAGCACUAAAACAUGUGCUGAGUGAUCUGUCAACCAAGCUUUCUUCAAAUGCACUUGUGUUCAGAAUUUGCCACAGUUCAGUGUACAUAUGGCCUAACAGUGACAUAAACACCAUCCCAGGAGAACUGAGUGAUAAUUCUGCUUGUAAGAACAUAAUGCGCUUUAUUCACUUUGAACAGGAAGAAGAUACCAAACGAAAAUUUAUGAGAAAGAAAGACAAAAAGUUAUCAAACAUGCAUCAAAUAGUAAAUAUAGAUCUUAUGCUGGAAAUGUCAACCUCUCUGGGAGCCGUAACCCCCAUCAUUGAAAGAGAAAGCGGAGGACACCACUACGUUAGUAUGACUUUACCCGUUGAUGUAGUUCUAUCUGUUGCUCCAGAAGAAACAUGGGGAAAAGUUCGUAAACUUCUAGUUGAUGCAAUUCAUAAUCAGCUAACUGAUAUGGAGAAGUGCAUUUUGAAAUAUAUGAAAGGAACAUCUAUUGUGGUCCCUGAACCAUUGCACUUUUUAUUGCCAGGGGAAAAAAAUCUUGUAACAAUUUCAUAUCCAUCGGGAAUUCCAGAUGGUCAGCUGCAGGCCUAUAGAAAGGAAUUACAUGACCUCUUCAAUCUGCCUCAUGACAGACCGUAUUUCAGAAGGUCUAAUGCUUAUCAUUUUCCAGAUGAACCAUACAAAGAUGGUUACAUUAGAAAUCCACAUACUUACCUUAAUCCACCUAACAUAGAGACUGGUAUGAUUUUUGUGGUCCAGGGCAUUUAUGGUUAUCAUCACUAUAUGCAGGACCGGAUGGAUGACAAUGGCUGGGGCUGUGCUUACCGAUCUCUGCAGACAAUCUGCUCUUGGUUCAAACACCAAGGCUACACAGAGAGAUCCAUUCCAACACACAGGGAAAUUCAGCAGGCUCUAGUUGAUGCUGGGGACAAACCAGCAACGUUUGUUGGAUCACGGCAAUGGAUUGGAUCUAUCGAGGUACAGCUGGUACUGAACCAACUGAUUGGUGUAACUUCAAAAAUACUGUUUGUCAGCCAAGGUUGUGAAAUGGCCUCUCAAGGACGGGUGCUGGCUGAUCAUUUCCAGACUGCAGGAACUCCAGUCAUGAUCGGGGGAGGAGUUUUGGCCCACACAAUACUAGGAGUGGCAUGGAAUGAGCUCACAGGGCAGAUAAAAUUUCUGAUUUUAGAUCCACAUUAUACAGGCGCUGAAGAUCUACAAGUUAUUUUGGAAAAGGGCUGGUGUGGAUGGAAGGGCCCAGACUUUUGGAACAAAGAUGCUUACUAUAAUUUAUGUCUUCCUCAGCGACCAAAUAUUUUUUAAAAUAUCUUGGACUCAAAGGCUGUAGUAAAGUUGUAUUAUAAAUUUGUUAAUAAAGACUAAGUUUAACUUCAGUUUAAAUCCUGGGUGUAGUCUGAUGGUUUAAACUACAAUUUUUUUCAAAGGCUGCAGAUACUACACAAAGAAAACAGUGUAUUCUUUAGUAUUCUUUAAUAACUUAAAAGACAAAAGCAGGCACAACCAAAAUAUUACAGGCAUGUAAAAACAUGUAUUCUUAAAUGUUAUCUUCACUUAGAAGAAAGUUUUCCUCCUUCCUAGAAGGAGUUGAGGUACACCUGGUGAGCCAAAACCCAUAGCUUCUGGCUGGGCAGUGGAUCUGCACGGAGUGAAGGCUUUCUUCAAACCUUUCCAGGACCAACGUGAAUCUGUGGUUAAAAAACAUAGUGACAUUAAGAACUUUUUAAAAAAGGUUUUCUCCCCAACCUUCCAUUGUGCAGGAUAAUUUCUGGCCCCUAGAAUCUAGCAGUAGUUACUAUAACCAGUACUAAAAUGUGUUCACAAAAAUAAAGAUACACUAGAAAUAAGACUGCCGAUGUUUAAAUGAAACAGUUAACUGUGCUGAAUAAGCAAUCCCUGAGGGAGGAAGAAAACAGUACUGAGUUACUUACCAACACUUCCUUUUUCCAGUUGUAUUUUCUACACUUCCAAAACUUCGUUUCUGUCUGGGCACUGGAACACAAUGAUCUCUAUCGGAUCGGUCACUCGAUUUUAUUGUCUGCAUACAUUUAAUUGUUGUAAGAAACUUGGCACAUUCUAGAAAUCCACAGGCCCAAGCAAGAUCUUCAGCUGUUUGUCCAUUCUUAUUACAUAAACUGAAUUUAAGACAAAAAUUGAGUUACAU